CAGUGAGCAGUAUCAAAAAACUGCAAGAGCAAGCAAAUCUUAGACUAUCGCAGAAAAGGAGGAUGUGCACAUAGGAAGACAUAACUGCAAUUGCUGCCGAAAGCGCACAAAACCAGCCACCUUGCCAUCUGCUUCGACAUCUGAAGAAAAAUGACGAGCGACACUUUCUUCGCGCAUAGACACCUUCUAAAAGUGUUUUUAGUGCAGUUCGUUGGUUUUCAGCUAACGCUAGCGGCGCCAUCUCCAAUAAUAAAGUUUCCUGGGGAUACUACCCCAAAAACGGAAGAAGUCGCGGUGCGUUACCUGAACAAGUUCUACGGAUGCCCAAAUGACCGAUGCAACCUCAUGGUGCUUAAAGACACGCUGAAGAAGAUGCAGAAGUUUUUUUCGCUUCCUGAGACCGGGGAGAUCGAUCAGGAAACGUUGGAGAUCAUGAAGAAACCUCGUUGUGGUGUACCGGAUGUGGCCAACUACAAUUUUUUCCCCAGGAAACCCAAGUGGGGGAAGGAUGGAAUCACAUACAGGAUUCUCGGGUACACUCCAGAUCUGGACGAGGAAACCGUGGACGACGCCUUUUUCCGGGCUUUCAAAGUGUGGAGCGACGUCACCCCUCUCAAGUUCACCCGCAUAAUGGACGGAGAAGCUGACAUCAUGAUCAACUUUGGUCGCAACGAGCAUGGUGACGGCUACCCCUUCGAUGGGAAAGACGGUCUUCUGGCCCACGCUUUUGCCCCUGGCCCAGGCAUCGGGGGGGACUCCCACUUCGACGAUGAUGAGCAGUGGUCUCUUGGCGAAGGACAAGUGGUCAAGGUUAAGUUCGGGAAUGCAGAGGGGGAGUUUUGUAAGUUUCCUUUCCUCUUCUUGGACAAGGAGUACAACAGCUGCACCUCCCAGGGUCGCGAGGAUGGCUUCCUGUGGUGCUCCACCACCUACAACUUUGACGAAGAUGGAAAGUACGGCUUCUGCCCGCAUGAAUUGCUGUUCACCAUUGCCGGAAAUGCCGACGGGGCCGCCUGCAAGUUCCCCUUCACCUUCCUGGGUGACAAGUACGACUCCUGCACCACGGCAGGCCGGGACGACGGGUACCGCUGGUGUGCCACGACCGAAGACUACGACCGCGACAAGAGCUUCGGAUUCUGUCCCGAAACCGCUCUGUCGACGGUCGGCGGGAACUCGGAGUCAGCGCCCUGCGUGUUCCCCUUCACCUUCCUGGGCAACAGCUACGAUGGCUGCACAUCCUCCGGGCGCAGCGAUGGGAAGAUGUGGUGUGCCACCACGAAAAACUACGACGAUGACCGCAAGUGGGGUUUCUGUCCUGACCAAGGCUACAGUCUGUUCCUGGUGGCCGCCCAUGAGUUUGGCCACGCCCUGGGCCUGGAGCACUCACAGGACCCCGGGGCUCUGAUGGCGCCUAUCUACACCUUCACCAAGCACUUCCGUCUGUCCGACGACGACGUCAGGGGCAUCCAGGACCUCUACGGGGUCCCUACGGAUAAGCCGCUCCCCCCGACUCAGGGUCCCGUGACGCCCAUUGACCUGUGCAGCAAGGACAUCGUGUUUGAUGCCGUCGCUCAGAUCCGGGGAGAGACGUUCUUCUUCACGGACAGAUUCAUCUUCAGGACCGCCAACUUCAGGCAGAAGCCCAGCGGACCGAUGCUGUUGGCCACCUUCUGGAGUGACGUGCCAGAGAAGAUCGACGCCGUCUACGAAAACCCACUGGAGGAGAAGACCGUGUUCUUCUCAGGGAAUGAAAUGUGGAUUUAUUCAGCUAGCACUCUGGAGAAGGGCUAUCCCAAGCGGCUGUCGUCCAUCGGCCUGCCCGCAGACCUCCAGCGGGUUGAUGCUGCUUUCUCCUUCACCAAGAGCAAGAAAACCUACAUAUUUGCCGGAGACAAAUUCUGGAGGUACAACGAGGGCAAGAAGAAGAUGGAUCCCGGCUUCCCCAAGCUCAUUGCUGACGCCUGGAGUGACGUCCCCGACAACCUGAACGCCGCCUUCAACCUGAAUGGCAACGGGCACAGCUACUUCUUCAAGGAAGGCUACUAUCUGGAACUGGACAACGAAAGCCUGAAGGUCGUCAAAGUGGGAGAUGUGAAGACCGACUGGCUGGGCUGCUGAACCAGGCCCUCCCCAGUGACACGCCCAUCGUCACGACAACUGACCUGGGCCUGCUGUCAAUCAAACCCCCCUAUACCUGCUGAAUCUCUCUAACAAAGGCAGGCCUGCUUAAAGGUUUACCCCUAGCCCCAUUUUCAAUCUGAAGACUGGACGCUCAAUUUAAAUAUAUAUUUCACUUGCCUGUGUGGCAAAAGUGAUUAAAAAAAAAUCUUUGGACGAUAAAAAUGAGAAUCUCAACACUGUCGUCCCCCCCCCCCCUUCCACACACACACACACACACACACAAGCGUACACACAUUUAAUGGCAUCAGGAAUGCCCAUGCUACAAUCCAGACACUACCAUUAUGAAAUAUGAUUCAUAAGGACAGUUUAUUAGCACUUUGUGUUUUGUUUAUAACUGUGUUCAAUAAAAGCUGCGGGAGCAAAUAACUGUCAUAUCAGCUCCGUUGGGUGUCGCUGGUGCUCUUGUUUUCGCCAACAGAAGGAUUCACGGCACAGGCUGCCUGAAAGUUGUAUGUACAGUAGCACGUUAACGUGAAGGACCAACAACAUGAACGUAUCGCAAAAGUAUUGUUUAAUAAUCGUUUGUAUUACCGUGUUUUUGUUUGAUACUUUUUUGUAUAUGAUCAUAAGUAGGUUUGAUAUUUGCUUUGUGCACUUUGUCAUUAUACUUUUCUUUUCUUUUUUUAAAUAAAAUGAGUCUUUGUUUUAA